GGACUGUGUUUUGUUUAGUUCGGUACUGAAGCCUCUGGAAGAUCAUCUGCUCUGCUGCUCUCGUUUGAUCGUUGGCAAAGCUCGCUCGAACAGAGAUUGCUUCUACUGGAGCUUCGUGAAAAUCCGAUUUAGGAUUUUGUAUUGUUUUCUGCUUCUCCGGUUCGUUUUGUUGAUUAUUUGUUAAUGGCGGUUUCGGCUCCUGAUAUAUCCCGAGAGCGGGAAUCUGGACAGGAUGUUCGCACACAAAAUGUGGUGGCAUGCCAAGCUGUAGCGAACAUUGUCAAGUCUUCGCUUGGUCCUGUUGGACACUUUAAGAUGCUUGUGGAUGAUAUAGGUGAUGUAACAAUCACAAAUGAUGGUGCUACAAUACUGAAGUUGCUUGAAGUUGAGCAUGCUGCUGCCAAGGUUCUUGUUGAAUUGGCAGAACUACAGGAUCGAGAAGUUGGAGAUGGGACAACAUCUGUGGUUAUCAUAGCUGCAGAAUUUCUUAAGAGAGCUAAUGAUUUAGUGCGAGAUAAGAUACAUCCAACAUCUAUAAUCAGUGGAUUCAGACUUGCUAUGAGAGAAGCAUGCAAAUAUGUUGAUGAGAAGUUGGCAAUGAAGGUUGAAAAACUUGGUAAAGCAUCUCUGCUAAACUGUGCGAAAACCUGCAUGUCCUCAAAGUUGAUAGGCAGCGAUAGUGACUUCUUUGCAAAUCUGGUUGUAGAAGCUGUACAAGCAGUAAAGAUGACAAAUGCGAGAGGUGAAGUGAAAUACCCAAUCAAGGAAAUCAGUAUUGUUAAAGCCCACGGGAAGAGUGCAAGAGAUAGCUACUUACUGAAAGGCUAUGCACUGAAUACUGGUCGGGCAGCACAAGGGAUGCCGUUGAGGGUUUCACCUGCUAAAAUUGCAUGCCUAGACUUCAAUCUUCAAAAGACAAAGAUGCAAAUGGGCAUCCAAGUCCUAGUAACUGAUCCCAAAGAGUUGGAAAAGAUCCGCCAGUGGGAAGCGGACAUGACAAAAGAACAUAUACAGAAGAUUCUUAAGGCAGGAGCAAGUGUAGUUUUAACAACUAAGGGAAUUGAUGACAUGGCACUUAAGUACUUUGUUGAGGCUGGUGCUAUAGCUGUAAGACGUGUUCGAAAGGAAGACAUGCGCCAUGUUGCCAAGGCAACAGGGGCUUCUGUGAUCUCAACUUUUGCUGAUUUGGAAGGGAAAGAGACAUUUGAUCCAUCACUUCUAGGGUGUGCUGAGGAAGUGGUUGAGGAGCGCAUUGCAGAUGAUGAUGUGAUUAUGAUAAAGGGGACCAAAACAACAAGUGCCGUUUCCCUGGUACUCAGAGGUGCCAAUGAUUUCAUGCUUGAUGAAAUAGACAGGAGUUUGCACGAUGCUCUCUCCAUUGUCAAAAGAACACUGGAGUCCAAUAAAGUUGUUGCUGGUGGGGGUGCUGUUGAGGUUGCGUUGUCUGUUUAUCUGGAGAAUCUGGCCACUACAUUAGGAUCCAGAGAGCAGUUGGCUAUUGCAGAGUUUGCUGAAUCUUUAUCGAUCAUACCCAAGGUGCUUGCUGUAAAUGCUGCCAAAGAUUCAACUGAGUUGGUUGCCAAGCUUCGGGCCUACCACCACACUGCACAAACUAAGGCAGAUAAAAGACAUUUGUCAAGCAUGGGUCUGGAUUUGGUGAAGGGUACCGUUCGCAAUAACUUGGAAGCCGGAGUGAUUGAACCAGCAAUGAGCAAAGUGAAGAUAAUCCAGUUUGCAACCGAAGCAGCCAUUACAAUUCUGCGGAUCGAUGACAUGAUCAAGCUUAUGAAAGAUGAAAGCCAGAAUGACCAAGAUUGAGCCUACAAAGAUCGACUAGACCGACAAAGCUUGCGUAUUCAACGGUAAACUAAUGGAAAUUUGUCCGGAUUCACUUUAUUUGUGACCAUGGACGAUAGGUGUACACCAACAUUUUGUUCGAACUUUAUUUUAUUAGUGACAAUAGAUGCAUACGUAACAUUGCAUA